AUGGUUACUGGGAAUCUUCCCGGGGAGAGCAAUGCGGCCAUGGUGCGGGUGCCGGCCAUUGUCUUCUUCGCCGUUACGCCCAUCUUUGUCGCCAUUCGCAUUUGGGUCCGAGUGAGGAGAGAGUUUAUCUUGGGAUGGGAUGACUGGACCCUCAUGGCGUCUUAUGUCUGCUGCCUUGCUGUUUCGAUCCUCAUGAUGUACUCGUGCGACUAUGGGUUUGGGCAGCACAUCAUGAACCUUUCAACUGAGAACAGGUUGAUGACGCUCAAGCUCUUCUAUGUCGCCCAGAUCUUCUACAAGAUAACAAUUAACCUCACGAAAGCUUCGAUUAUUCUCCUCUACCUGCGCAUUCUCGUCCAACAAUACUUCCGUAUAACCGCCUACGUGCUCCUGGCCAUCAUCCUGGCUUAUAUGGUGGCCACAUCAGCCUCGUCUAUCUGGCAAUGCAGUCCGAUCCAACGUGCGUGGGAUAAGAGCCUGCCCGGCACUUGCAUCAGUCUCACCAUGAACUGGUAUGCCAACGCCGGCUUCUCCAUCGCGACCGACGUGCUCAUCAUCCUGCUCCCGCAACACCUCCUCUGGCAGUCAAGUCUGCCCACCAACCAGAAGGUAGCUCUCAUGGUUGUGUUCGCCCUUGGUCUCUUCGUUACCGUCACCAGCGUGCUGCGCAUGACGACGCUGAAGACUUCCACGACCAGCCCGGACGUCACCUAUGACAUCGCUUCCACGCUCUGGACCAUCAUCGAAGACAACCUGGCCAUCGUCUGUGCCUGCCUGCCCAUGUGCCGCCUGCCCUUAGCCUACCUCUUCCCCUCCCUCUUCGGCACAAAGCAUGUCUCCGCGUGCACAGGGUAUAGCUACGACUCAGAGCAGCAGGCGACAGGUGGACGACGAAAAACAAACAACCGCAGAAUUAACAGUACGAAACACUUCAUCUACGCGGGCGCGAGCCACAACAACUGGUCUCCGUACGAAGGACCCGAUGAUAAAAGGGCGGUCUGGCUGAUGAGCAAGCACGCGGGCAUGCGGUCAACGCCGAUUGGCGAUGAUGAGAGGAGUGAAGACUACAUCCUGAUGCCCGAGACGGAGAUGGCGCGUACAAGUACAAAUGAGGAACUUGUGCGUGGUGGACUUGCGGUUAGGAAGACGAUGACAGUUCAUCAAACAACGCAUGCUGCCCAUGAUACUGGGCUGGACGAAUGA